GUCACAUGGCUCGCGGGACAACAUGGCUGCGCCCGCGGUAGUGCCGGCUGGUGGACCCCGCGCCGGGCUCGGUCUCGUCCUUUCGCUGCCGCUGCUCUUGCUGCUGGGCGGGGCGGCGGGGGCCGAAGAGGCCGGCGCGGGCGCGGCAUCCCUCGCGGGCUCGUGCGGCUGCGGGACUCCCCAGCGGCCCGGGGCGCCUGGCAGCUCGGCGGCCGCCGCCGCGCACCGGUACUCGCGUGAGGCGAACGCCCCGGGCCCGGGCCCUGGAGAGCGACCUCAGGUGCCCGCUAAGAUGGUCCUCGUCCCUGCCGGCGUGUUUACCAUGGGCACGGACGACCCUCAGGUAAAGCAGGACGGGGAGGCACCCGCAAGGAGCGUCACCAUCGAUGCCUUUUACAUGGACGCCUACGAAGUCAGUAACGCCGAAUUUGAGAAGUUCGUCAACUCCACCGGCUACUUGACCGAGGCUGAGAAGUUUGGCGACUCCUUUGUCUUCGAAGGCAUGUUGAGUGAGCAAGUGAAGACUGAUAUCCAGCAGGCAGUUGCAGCUGCUCCCUGGUGGUUACCUGUCAAAGGCGCCAACUGGAGGCACCCAGAAGGGCCCGACUCGACUGUCCUGCACAGGCCAGACCAUCCGGUUCUGCACGUUUCCUGGCACGAUGCCGUGGCCUACUGCGCAUGGGCCGGAAAGCGCUUGCCCACGGAGGCCGAGUGGGAGUACAGCUGUCGAGGAGGCCUGCAGAACAGACUCUUCCCCUGGGGCAACAAGCUGCAGCCGAGAGGCCAGCACUAUGCCAACCUGUGGCAGGGCGAGUUUCCUGUGACCAACACUGGCGAGGACGGCUUCCGCGGCACGGCGCCUGUUGACGCCUUUCCCCCCAACGGUUAUGGCUUAUACAACAUAGUAGGGAACGCGUGGGAGUGGACUUCAGACUGGUGGUCCGUGCACCAUUCCGCUGAAGAAACGCUGAACCCAAAAGGCCCCCCUUCUGGAAAGGACCGGGUGAAGAAAGGUGGCUCCUACAUGUGCCAUAAGUCCUACUGCUACAGGUAUCGCUGCGCCGCCCGCAGCCAGAACACGCCCGACAGCUCCGCCUCCAACCUGGGCUUCCGCUGCGCCGCCGACCGCCCGCCCAGCACCGGCUAAGCGCCCAGAAGGAGCAGAGGAGGGCGCGUGUGACGCGCGCUGGGCUUCCCUCGGGACGGCGAGGCCACGGAGUCCCCGCCCCAAGGUGGGUUCGUACCCGCCCAGUGGCCAGAGGAACCCCCUGGGGAGACCAGGUCGCCCACGUGCGUUCGCGCUUUCUCGGGGGUGCCUUUCCCGAGCUCAUCGCCAUGUUUCACUUUGCAGAGCCUUUUCCAAGAGCACUGGGUGGGGGGACCCGGAGCUGGGCUUCAGGAGGCCUGCGUUCUCCCCCAGCUCUGCCCCCGGGGUGACACCUCAGGGUCUCCCACGGACCCCCUCUAUCCAGGACCGCGGAGGCUCUCUGCACCUCACAAAUUCUAUGGCUAGCUCAGAUUCUAGUGUGAUUUCAUAGUGAGAAUUUAUGACAGAUUAUUUUUGAGCUAUUUUUUUCCAUGUGUGAACCUGGGUGAUUCUAAUCAUGUAAAGAGUUCUCCGAUGUGUUAUUUCCAGAAAAGGAUGGGAGUGGCGGUGACGACGCUUUAUAUUCAUACUGCACUUUGUUUUGUCAAGGACAUGAGUGUCUGUUACAUUGUUGUGAUGAAUCCCACGUGGGCCAGUGACGGGUGCGCUCACGUUCCGCUCUCUGAACACACAGGGGUGUCUGUGGGGUGCCUCGGCUGCGCUUUAUCUUUUACUAUUAAGUGCCUUUGGUUCAGGGGGCAGUUAUAAGCUGUAUUUCCCUCUCUGCCCUAAGCCUUCGGUGGAUGUGAAAUGUGUGGUACGUGGAACAAUCAGAUGUAGGAGAGAAGGAACAAGAACCUUGAAUGAAGUACACGCAGGGUAUCCAGUGUUUUGUAACAGGGAUGUAGGAAACCGAGUUGGCAUGGGAUAGCGGACGCUUUGAAUCAUGCACUGUGUCGAAUAAACUGGUACCUGCUAAAUCAUCCUUCACGCUCAUUGGUCCCUUU